CGCGCUGCCCGGUCGAACAGUAUGGCGGUGCUCGGCGUGUGUGGCGGAGUGUGCUUGAUCGGUGUUGCAUAAUUGGCGGCAUAACCAGCUGUGAUCGACGAGCGGGGGCGAGCGAGCGAACGAGAGAAGGAAGCGUGAAGGCGGACGAAGUUCGGCAACGAGUGACGCUACGACAGCUCGACGACAGUGCCUCCCGCGGACGAAGAGAUAUGUCGCAGAGUGGAGGCGCGCGUUGCUAGCGCUGGCAAGGAUGCGGGAUCGAGCAUCAUCGCUAAUCACGGAUCGGUAACGAACGGCGAGGAGCAGCGGCACGGUGAUAACGUACCGCUCAGCAUGACGGCGAUCAAGGGUAGCGGCACGCCGGGCACCCCGCGCCAGCUUAACGUCCUUAGCAACUUCAAGUACGAGUACUUCGUCGCGGGCAUCUCGGGCGGCGUCGUCUCGACCCUGAUGCUGCACCCGCUGGACCUAAUCAAGAUCCGAUUCGCAGUGAACGACGGUCAAACAAGUACGGCACCACGGUACAAUAGUCUCAGAAAUGCCAUCGCUCAGAUAGUUAAGACUGAGGGUGUGCGUGGGCUCUACAGGGGUGUAACACCAAACGUUUUAGGAUCGGGCAGUUCGUGGGGUUUCUACUUCUUCUUCUACAAUACGAUAAAGACUUCGAUCCAAGGUGGCAAUUCGAAGAAACCUCUCGGACCGUCGAUGCAUAUGUUUGCUGCCGCUGAUGCCGGAGUGCUUACAUUGCUCAUGACUAAUCCUAUCUGGGUGGUAAAGACGCGGCUGUGCUUACAAUAUGCUGAUGAUGUAAAGAUAGCAGAAUCUAAGAAAUAUCGGGGCAUGGCUGAUGCUUUAAAGAAGAUUUACAAGACAGAGGGUAUUAGAGGUUUAUACAAGGGUUUAGUUCCUGGAUUGUUUGGCGUUUCCCACGGUGCAAUACAAUUCAUGUCGUACGAAGAGAUGAAAAAUAAAUAUUACAAUUACUUGAAUGUACCCAUCGAUACGAAAUUGAGUACGACCGAAUACAUCGUCUUCGCGGCGAUAUCAAAGCUGAUUGCUGCAGCGUCGACGUACCCUUAUCAAGUAGUGAGGGCACGACUUCAGGAUCAUCAUCACGAUUAUCGGGGUACCUGGCAUUGCAUUCAAUGCACAUGGAGGUAUGAGAGUUGGCGUGGCUUUUACAAAGGGUUAAGCGCGAACCUCAUCAGAGUGACCCCGGCGACAGUUAUCACGUUUGCGGUCUACGAAAAUAUGUUUCAUUAUCUGCAAUCCGGACGCACCGCCCGCGCCGUGGAAGAAGCGAUCGUUGUGCCUGCGGUUAGCAAACUAAAGGAGUAAGGUAUAACUAGGGGAUCCCUUGGAGCUUUACCGAAAUACAUGUGUAAUCCGGAUUUGUUCGGAAUCGUAUGCGUAAUAUACUUGUGAUGAAAAAUGAACUGAAACCAGUGAAUCGUAAUUACAAUAAAAUUCUAUUUUGAAGAAAGGAUUCGAGAUAUAAAAGCUUAUAAGAACAAUGGAUUUUAAUUUCUUGCUAAUGUACAGCAUAAAUUCAAGUUCGUGAAAUGGCAGCGCACAAUAGAAACAAUAGCCUUAAGAAAAGUCCAUUAUUUGUUUAUUAGCAUUUUCAUUGCAAAAAUAAUAAGCAUUUUUUAUAUCACAUACCUUUCACAUUUUUAAUCCCGAUAAAUAUUUUUUUAAAUAUUUUUUUUUAAUACCGUGACCAUUUCAUACUAGUAAUUGGAUUAAAUUAUAUAUUUUUUUAUUGAUAGAAGAAUAUUCUAGCAGUCAUGUUGGUGAUCUAUGUAAACCAUCGAAUGAAGUAAAAGUUGAAUUAUUGAAGAGUGCAAAUGAUUAAACUUUUCGAGUAUGUUUGAAAUGUACCGAUAAUUGCAUUUAUUUCCAUUGAUUGCAUCUUUAUUUUUUAUGCAUGUUAUAAUUUUCAAAGACAUAAUAAAUUGUUUUCUUUGUGUUGUAAUUACAGUUAUUAAAUUGUAAUUAGAGAUUUAAUGAUACAUAUUGAUGGUAAAAAGUUUAUUAUUAAAAAACAAUUUAUAUGCUUAGUAAAUUUUAUGUCUUAACGUUACACGCAUUUCUGUACAUUACAGAUAACCGUAUUUAGAAGACUCAGAUUUUGUGUUGAAAGCUUUAAUUAUGCUAUUACGACUGUUGUUAAUAGUCUUUAAUGCUAUUAUCAUUAUAUUGUAUUUAUUUGUAAUUAUUUUGUUUUAUAUUGAUUGAAAAAGUUUAAUACUUGAUUUCAAAUUUGUAAAAAUUUAAUUUCAACAUUUAUUAUAAUAUUUAUAUAUUGAUAAAUAUUAUUUUUUUCCAAUAAAACAUAUGCUUAGAAAUGAAUUAAGAUAUCUGUACAUUAUGUACAUUAUGAUUUUCGUUAUCGAUCUGUUCCAGGUUUUGUUGCAGAUUUUCUUAAUUUUUUCCGUUAUUUCAUCUUUACAGCAUAUCAAAACCCGCUGGAUUUCUGCUAAUAUCAUUUAACAUAACAGAUCUUGUAUAGGUAUCAUCUCUGAUAAAGUUUAAAAUAAACAUUACUCUUCUUCUUUCGACGAACUUGGCUGUAUGAAUUAAUAAACUUUCCAGUUACUCUCAAAGUCUCAAUGCAAUGUAAUUGAGCAAAGUUAUUUAAUUAGUGUUGAUGUAAUGGCUUACUAGAUCUAAAAGAUUUACAGGACAUUUUUUAUAACGUUGAUCACAAUGCUGCUCGCGUUCGGCUUCUAUAAUCUCAUCUGGAAGAUCUUCAUUCGUCGACAUAGAGGGUCUGCGAACAAAGGAAUGCGCAUAAAUGUUAUAAUUUAUAUAUUACUUCUUGUGUUAUAAUAGCACGAAUAUGUGCUGGAUGAAUACUGAUCGAAAAUAAAAAUUUCUCGAUAAGUUGAUCUAAA